AUGUCACUAGAGCUCUUCGUCCUCCCCUCAUCCGGAGGGCUCUACCCCCGCCGCGUUCUCAUCUACCUGUCCGAGAAAGGUCUCCUCUCCCUCCCAAACCUAACCAUAACAACCACAUCCGGUCCAUCCCACAGCGCACUAGGCAAGCUUCCAGGCAGCGUCCCGCAACUCCGCCUCACCACUCCUUUGGGCGAGGUCUCCCAUAUCCUAGAAUCCAUCCCCAUAAUCAACCACCUAGAGGACCUCUGCGACGUCGCCCAAACUACCGCUUCUUCACCAUUCAUCAAGAAAAAUGGUGAAAGCAAGGAAGAAGAAGACGAUUCGGUCUGGCGGAAAAGAACUAGAUCGAUGAGAGGCGAUACUCCUGGCCAGCGUGCCCGUACCAGGGAAAUCACGGCCCUGGCUGACGAAGCAACCACGCACUUCAGCACCGCCUGCCGCUUCGGCUCCGCGAUGUUCGCGUUGCUCGCUCCGCGCACGAACGGCGACUACGCGGCUACUCAAGCGGCACUCGUAGCCUGCCGUAGAUGUCUCGUACAAAUCAAUGCUUUUUACGACGACGACUUACGGUUUGCAGAAUCAAUCGGAAAGUCGGAUGGCAGUGAGCUAGAUGGAGAGGUGCUAGUCGGCGAUUGCUUGGUUUUUGCGCUGCUGCAGUUCGCUAUCUGCUUGUAUGGUGUGAAUUUGGCGGACGGGGCGGUGGGUGAGAGAGACUCGGGGGUUACCAGGGAGGGUGGCAGAGGGAUGGAGGGUCGCGUGGCUGUAUUUGGUGGUGUUGGGGAAUGUGCUGGGGCAUUCAGUGAAGGAGUGGUUUGGGUCGAAGUAGACAUUUACACAGGUGGCUGGAAGCAAACUUGUGAUGAUAUCGAAACCGUUGAGUAA